AAGUGGUGGCAGUGGUGGCAGAGGUGAUGGCAGUCGUGGGGCCGCAGUGUCGGUCCGGAUCAAGUGUGGCCAUGAAUGCCAUGAAUGGUGCAAACAAUAGACACUCAUCGGUGAGCACUUCUUCGCACAACUCUGCGGUGAGCAACGGAUCAGUUGGCCAUUCACUGCAUACACAACACAACGCUAUCUUAGCGGCCGCUCAACCUUUCUAUUCAACCAACCAUUCAAUCAACACUCAAGACAUGCAACCCGACAGACCCAUCGGCUACGGGGCCUUCGGAGUGGUCUGGUCAGUAACGGAUCCGCGCGAUGGCAAAAGAGUUGCGCUCAAGAAAAUGCCGAAUGUCUUCCAAAACCUGGUCUCCAGUAAACGGGUUUAUAGAGAGAUCAAAAUGCUUUGCUUUUUCAAACACGAAAACGUUCUAUCAGCAGCAGAUAUCUUACAACCGCCGCACAUCGACUUCUUCCAAGAGAUAUAUGUGAUAACAGAACUAAUGCAAAGCGAUUUACAUAAGAUAAUAGUGUCGUCGCAACCCUUGACCUCAGAUCACGUUAAAGUAUUUCUCUAUCAAAUCCUAAGGGGACUCAAGUAUUUGCAUUCGGCGCGAAUCCUGCACCGGGAUAUCAAACCGGGGAAUCUGUUGGUCAACAGUAAUUGUCUGCUCAAGAUUUGUGACUUCGGUUUAGCGCGAGUCGAAGAAUCGGAUUCAUCCAAAUUAAUGACCCAAGAAGUGGUUACACAGUAUUAUAGAGCGCCCGAACUCUUGAUGGGCGCUCGACACUACACCUCAUCCAUCGAUAUUUGGUCCGUCGGCUGCAUAUUUGCCGAACUGUUGGGCCGAAGAAUACUAUUCCAGGCGCAGACACCUAUUCAACAGUUGGAACUCAUAACAGACCUUUUGGGUACACCCGAGCCGUCAGAUAUGCGGUACGCGUGCGAAGGCGCCCGAAUCCAUAUACAGCGGCGGCCCUGCAAAACAUCGUCGUUAGGCUCGCUGUACAAUCUCUCUCCUCAGGCCAAUCACGAAGCCGUACACCUAUUGUGUCAAAUGUUGGUUUUUAAUCCCUCACCCGUAUCUGGAAGAAGGCCGCCUUCGGUACCACUCAUGUAUGUGCCGGUGCUGAGAGUCGAAGAAUCGGAUUCAUCCAAAUUAAUGACCCAAGAAGUGGUUACACAGUAUUAUAGAGCGCCCGAACUCUUGAUGGGCGCUCGACACUACACCUCAUCCAUCGAUAUUUGGUCCGUCGGCUGUAUAUUUGCCGAACUGUUGGGCCGAAGAAUACUAUUCCAGGCGCAGACACCUAUUCAACAGUUGGAACUCAUAACCGACCUUUUGGGUACACCCGAGCCGUCAGAUAUGCGGUACGCGUGCGAAGGCGCCCGAAUCCAUAUACAGCGGCGGCCCUGCAAAACAUCGUCGUUAGGCUCGUUAUACAAUCUCUCUCCUCAGGCCAAUCACGAAGCCGUACACCUAUUGUGUCAAAUCUUGCGUAACUCAGUGGGCAUAGACCUUCUUCCGGCGGAAGCCAUGGUGAGUACAUACACGGCCACGACUCAUUCUGUGGGCUCCAGUCGUCGUUAUGUCACUGAUUUGGAGCCUUUGGCACAAUCGCCCUUCGAUUAUACCUUUGAAAAAGAGUUGUCUUCUGUCCAUAUGGUUAAAGAACGGUUACACAAAUCAAUACUAGAAAAGUGUUCGCUCUCUUCGCUGUCAAAUCGGGUGCCGCUCUGUAUUAAUCCACAUUCGGCUGCCUUCAAGAGUUUUGCGAGUUCAACAGUUGCUCAUCCGUCAGAAUUACCGCCUUCUCCUCAUUGUUGGGAA